AUGGUAGAUUUGUGUGAAAUAGAAAUUGGUGGUUGUCCUGUUGGAAAAUACGGAGUAAACUGUAAAAUGAACUGUUCAGCAAACUGUAUAUCAAAAUCAUGCGAUUUGGAUAACGGAAACUGUACAUAUGGGUGUACUGAUGGUUGGGUCAAUGAAAGGUGCAACGAAACCUGUAGUGAAGGUUUGUUCGGAAAACAAUGUUUGCACAAAUGUUCACCUAACUGUUAUAUGACGUUUUGUGAUCAUGUGACAGGAAAAUGCAAUGGAGGAUGUAACAAAGGAUGGACUGAUUAUAACUGCUCAGAAGCAUGUGAUAACAGUUACUAUGGUUAUAACUGUACAGAAAAAUGUAAUUGUCUUUCUGAAUCUGAACCUUGUGACAAAUCUACUGGAAUGUGUCCAGACGGGAAAUGUAACAAAGGAUGGUCGGGAAAUUCUUGUAAUGAAGAAUGUAGCGAAGGAUAUUAUGGGGUUAAUUGUUUUGGUUAUUGUAACAACUGCUUAAACACGUCCUGUGAAAUAUAUGAGGGGAAUUGUACUUAUGGUUGUAGUUUUGAAUUUAGUGGUUCUCAGUGCAAGAAAGCAGACUUUCAGUCUUUAGAAGCACGAGGACUUGUUACAGCCAUCAUAGGAGGCGUUUGUGCUGCAGUAUUUGUCAUAACAAGAUUAGUUCAUCUUUAA